AUGAUGCAGGUGCCGUUUGAUGGUACGUCUCUGGACCUACAUGCAAAUCUUCAAAUUCGAGAUGCAUGUCAACUUAAUACACACGUUGGAGGUUUUCAAACUAUUCAUCCUUCAUUUUCAUCUUGCAUAUAUCCAUCUCUCGAACAAACAAUUAAUUCAGUAAACACUGAUGCUUUCAAAAAAGAAUACAACUAUGAUACAGAACUUCAAAGACAUACACUACCCUCUCUUACGUUAAAUAACUUUGGCUUGCAUCACUCAACUUCUGGUUCCAUAAAUCCUAUGCCUCCCAUUACGUACUCACCUGGAGUUUGUCCACAUCCAUACGUGCAUCAGACGUUUUCAAAUGCUGAUUCACCGUCUACCUCAACUGACGUACAGGUUAACACGAUUUGUCCGGAUAUAAAGAGACGAAGUCGAGGGAGAAACUCAAGACUUAAUUUCACCAAUAGUUCACCUGGUAUCGAUGAUAAACCCGUGUCACUGAGUACGAAGGACUCACAGAUAAGCUCUUCAGACUGCAAUUCCGACUGCAGUACCGUAACCAGGUCCUCCGAAAAAAUGAAGACGUCAGAUAAAGAUGAUCGCUAUAUUCAGCGUAGGCUGAAAAACAACUUGGCAGCUAAACGUUCCAGAGACAACCGCAAGCGUCGUGAAGAUACAAUAGCAUUACGUGCUAGCUAUCUUGAAAAAUCCAACUUGGUACUACAAACUCAGAUAUUAGCUUUAAAAAGGGAAGUUUGUUUGUUACGUGGUAUACCAUUUGAUCCAAACUACAAAGUUCGUGUUUUUAAUGACAAUUACUUAUCCUCUUGCCAAACUACUCCACAGUCUAAUGUUUCUACUGACUUCUCAAACGAAUGUCCUUUAUCAGAUUUUUCUCCUAUUGCAUGUUCAAAUCAGACCUUAAACUCUAAUGUUCCUUAUCCUCCAAUCACUGAAUUUCCUGGAAAUUGUGGGUGA